CUUACCAAGCCGUUCCCGUUGAGCUCGUCAACUCUUUCCACCUGUGUCCACUCACCGCAGAAUAAGUCUUCCAAUCUUCUUUCCAACACAAUAAAACCCCAUCACCUUCUCUCCCUUCUCCAAUCUCCCAUAAAAAUUCCACAACAAGAAGAAAAAAUGAAUACCAUCUCCCACAAUCAAAGCUUUCAGCUUCCUCCCACCCCCUCGCUGUCCGGAAACUCCACCGCCGUCGCCAAUCGGGUUCGUAGAAAUUAUCGUCAUCAUAAUCAUCGCCCGGCUUGUACUUGCUCCAAUCGUCCUGGUUCUGUCAGGUGUAGCCGCCAUGGGUAUAUUGUUCCUGGUGAUAAGUUGAAAAGGCGUCAAGCAAAUAAAGAGAUAAUUAGGAGGGCUUUGACACCGCCGAAUCGGAAGUUGACCCUUCGCUGGUGGAAUUUCCGGCCAACGCCUAGUCGGUUAUCUAACAUGUCAACUGCUUGAAAGUUGCAGAUUUUUUUUUUAAUAUUUUUUGUUAUUUUUUAAAAUGUGACUAUGGAUUGGAAAUCUUCUGGACCUUUUGUUAAUAUGUAUGCUGUGAUAUUUUUUAAAAAAUAUUUGUUUGCCAAAAUUUUAUUGGCUAGACUGAA